UAUAACUAAUCACUAUUCAAUUCCCUCCCUCGCUCUCUCUUGCCUUCAAUGUCCAAAUUGAAGAUCAACAACUCAUUUCAUGAAACAUCCUUCUCCAUCUCCAAUUCCCCUCUCCUCCAACUUCCAUGCAUUUUCCACUGCUGUAUAACCCCCUGAUACGACACCGCUUCAUUCUAGGGUUUCCCCUCCCGCCAUGGCCGUCAGAGGAGUCUAUUUCAAAUGGUACGAUGGCUUUUUCUUGUCCAUGCUCGCCAUCAGUGUAGCUAUUGUGGCUAUUAAUUGGAAGCGGUACCAUUCGUGUGCUCACCCGUUGCACAUUUGGAUUGUGGUUCACUACACUACUGUUUUUGUUUUCCGGGUUUUGAUGUUUGUUGAUAAUGGCCUUGCUUCGGGAAUGGGUUUAGAUUUUGGGUGGCAGCAGAGGUAUGCUCGAUUUUGUGGAAGAGUAGUUGUGCUUUCAAUCCUUUCAAUGCUUUUCUACCCAUUUCUUUGGGCUUGGACAAUAACUGGUACCCUGUGGUUCAACAAUUCUAAAACCUGUUUGCCUGGACUGGGUCAGAAAUGGGGCUUCCUCAUCUGGUUACUUUUUAGCUACUGUGGUCUCCUUUGUAUUGCUAGCCUGUCAAUCAGGAAGUGGUUGACACGGAGACAAGCAUAUUUGUUAGAUGCCCAACAGGGGAUUCCUGUAUCCGAAUAUGGGGUUCUAAUUGAAAUGAUCCGAGUGCCAGAUUGGGCAUUUGAAGCUGCAGGUCAAGAAACAAGGGGCAUGGGCCAAGAUGUUACUCCAUAUCAUCCUGGAAUUUACCUAACUCCAGCUCAGAGAGAAGCAGUUGAAGCUUUAAUUCAGGAACUCCCAAAGUUCAGUUUAAAAGCUGUUCCUACUGAUUGCAGUGAAUGUCUCGUUUGCUUAGAAGAGUUCCAUGAAGGGAAUGAGGUCCGUGGCCUGCCGUGUGCUCACAAUUUUCAUGUAGAAUGCAUUGACGAGUGGCUUCGACUGAAUGUGAAAUGCCCUCGGUGCCGCUGCUCAGUAUUUCCAAAUCUUGAUCUCAGUGCUCUGUCCAAUAUCCAUUCUGAGCCUCAAGUCUGAACGGUACCCUGUCAUUAUCGUGACAAGAACCACAUAGGAUACAAGCCAUCCUUCUAGUCAGAGCUAACGUUCAAGUGAUUACAGGACUUCUCUGGUCCCUUCAAUAUGUGUUGAAAUUUGAGGGCCAGUUGGUGGUACAGACAAUGCUUAGUAAAAUGCUGAAAAUGGGGUUGGACCUCUUGUGACUCAAAAUAUGUCAACUGAAGACCAGAGUGCUUCUGUGGAAAGCAUGCCUGUCUUACUUAUUUUUGCAAUGUUUCUAAACUUCUAUUAUAUUUCUAACCCAUUGAGAAGUUGAAAGGGUACAUAUCCACAUCCUGCCAUUGCCUCAAGCUUUUAAAAUUGGUUUACAUUCUGACAAAUCCAUAAAGAAAUGGAUCACACCUCGCUUCUUCUUAGUGAUGUUGUAGAAAUAGGACUUGUAAAGAUGAAAUACUCUUUUUGCUUAGAUAACAUAGGUUAGAGGUGCAAUUCUGCAAUUGUUUUUGGUGAUUUAAUAACUAACAGUAUGUUGUUUUUAAUUGGGGCAAUAUUGUUUUCUAUUUCUUGUAAGCUGGAGUUUGAUAUGGAAAUGAAGUAGAUAUUUGGUUUUCUCUUUUCAUUGGCCA